AUGGAGUUUACGGAUUUCUCGAAGACGAGCUUUUAUCACCCGUCGUCGCAAAGCGUUUGGGAUUUCGGAGAUUUCGCGGCGGCCGAGAGGAAUUCCUUAGGGUUUAUGGAGUUGUUAGGUUCGCAGCAACAUCAUCAGCUUCAGGACUUUGCUACAACUCCUUUUCCUCAUUCCUUCCUCCUCGAAACGCCCCAACCGCAAACGCUAACGCAAACGCAAUCAUCGGUGAAACUGUCUUCUUCUGUUUCAACUAUCCUUCAAGCUCCACCGUCAAACACUACGGCGGAUAAACCAGUGACGUCAAAGGUGGAAUCUUUCUGUUCAGAACAUUUGCUGAUGAAUCCACCGGCGACUCCUAACUCGUCGUCGAUUUCGUCGGCCUCAAGCGAGGCUGUAAAUGAAGAGAAAGCCAAAAGAGACGACGAAGAAGAAGAUGAACAGGAGCAGAAGAAGAGUGUUACUAAUAAACAGUUGAAACCAAAGAAGAAUAACCAGAAGAGACAGAGAGAGGCAAGAGUAGCGUUCAUGACAAAGAGUGAGGUUGAUCAUCUCGAAGAUGGUUAUCGAUGGAGAAAAUAUGGUCAAAAAGCUGUCAAAAACAGUCCUUUUCCCAGGAGUUACUACCGUUGCACAACGGCUUCAUGUAACGUAAAGAAGAGAGUGGAGAGAUCAUUCAGAGAUCCUAGCACUGUGGUUACAACCUACGAAGGUCAACACACACACAUUAGUCCACUCACGUCUCGUCCAAUUUCCACUGGAGGCUUCUUCGGAUCAUCAGGAGUUGCUUCAAAUCUCGGUAACUUCGGGUUUCCUAUAGAGAGCUCAACAUUAAUCUCUCCUGAAUUCCAACAACUUGUCAAUUACCACCACCUACAGCAACAACAAGAACUGGUGUCUUGUUUUGGAGGAGUUAGCGAGUACCUUAAUAGCCACGCAAGUGGAUUUGGUGACGAUGAUCAUGUGAAGAAGAGUGGAGGUUUGGUUCAAGAUAAUGGACUUCUUCAGGAUGUUGUCCCGUCUCAUAUGUUGAAGGAAGAGUAG